AAUCACUCGAAAAUCGACAUGAUGCUAGCUUUCAGCAUGGCCACCUUGGAUUUCCUGCUCCUCGUAGUCAUCGUAGCAGCUGCUUCCUAUUCCUUCACCGGCGUCCACGCGGGCGCCGCCUGUGCGCCUAAGGAGAGGGACGCCCUCCUGGCGUUCAGGCAAGGCAUAGACCCCUGGGGCCUCCUGGCGUCAUGGCAGCCAGAAGAUGAGCAUGACUGCUGCCAGUGGGAAGGAGUCCAGUGCAGCAACCUGACAGGCCAUGUCCUCGAGCUGCACCUCAGCAACGGAGAUCUGACCGGAGAGAUAAGUCGUUCUCUGCUCUCCUUGCAGCAUCUUGAAUAUGUCGAUGUCAGCAUGAACAGCCUCCAGGGGCCGACCGGCCAAGUCCCAGAGUUCCUAGGAUCUUUCAAGAACCUAAGAUAUCUUGACCUCUCUAGCAUACCGUUUUCCGGUAGGGUGCCUCCUCAGCUUGGCAACCUCUCAAAGCUGCACUAUCUUGAUCUUUCAAACACUGGUUUGCCGCAGCCCAUGUACUCCACUGAUCUCUCGUGGUUAACACACCUACCUUUGUUGCAGUAUCUCAACAUGGAGUCAGUAAAUCUUAGCAUGGUAACUGACUGGCCGUAUGUGGUGAAUACGUUGCCUUCUUUGAGGGUCCUUAUUCUUGAUAAUUGCUCGCUAACAAGUGCAAACCAAUCGCUCCCACACCUUAACCUUACAAACCUUGAGGAGCUCCAUCUCUCCUUGAAUAGCUUUCACCACCCAGUUGCAUCCUGUUGGUUUUGGAACCUAACAAGCCUAGUGCACCUCUCCCUCGGGGAAACUGCGCUGUACGGACAACUCCCAAGUACGCUGGGAGACAUGGUAUUCCUUCAAGUACUAGACUUGUCGUGGAAUAGUAAUAACUUGAGCAUGACGACGACAAACUUGAAGAACCUAUGCAACUUGACUGUUCUAGAUCUUGAUACAUCUCUUUCGUAUGGAAAUAUAACAGAGUUGAUUGAGAGGUUGCCGCAGUGUUCAUCAAACAAGUUGCAGGAGUUGCAUCUACAGUCAAACUACCUGGUAGGGUUCCUACCAAGCAUCAUGGGACACUUGACCAGUAUAGUCACUCUUGAUCUCAGUUGGAACAACAUUACUGGACCUCUCCCAGCAUUUAUAGGGCAUUUUGCACAUUUGAGGACCCUUGACCUCUUUUUCAACCACCUUACUGGACAUGUGCCAUCUGAAAUAGGUAUGCUAGCUAAUUUGACUACAUUGGAUCUAAGCGGCAAUGACUUGGAUGGUUCGAUCACAGAAGAACACUUGGACGGUUUACGAAGCUUAGAGUACAUAGACUUAUCAAAUAAUCAAUUGAAGAUUGUGGUGGGUUCAAAAUGGCUACCCACGUUUAGACUACAAGAAGCAUAUUUUGCAUCGUGCCAGGUCGGUCCUCUAUUUCCUGCAUGGCUUAAAUGGCAAGUGGAUAUUCUUCAGCUUGAUAUCUCAAACACAGGUAUAAUAGAUAGGCUUCCAGAUUGGUUUUGUAAUACAUUUUCAAAGGUCAUAUUCUUGGAUAUCUCCAAUAAUCAAAUCAGUGAUGGCUUGCCAACAAAUAUGGAUAUCAUGUCAUUGGAAGAACUACAUUUCAGUUCAAGCAACCUAACCGGUCAAAUACCUCCAUUGCCAAGAAACCUCAGCAUGUUGGAUAUCUCAAGAAAUUCUUUAUCAGGACCCUUGCCAUCAAAUUUUGGGGCGCCAAAGCUAGAUUCUAUUAUAUUGUAUUCUAAUUACAUCAGUGGUCAGAUACCAACAUCUAUUUGUGAAUUGAGCUUGUAUGCCUUGGAUUUGGUCAAUAAUCUUUUUGAAGGAGAAGUUCCCCAAUGUUUAAAUAUGUCAGGAAUGACAUAUCUAUUAUUAAGUAACAAUAACUUCUCUGGCAACUUCCCACCAUUUCUACGAAGCUGCACGAGUCUGUCUUUUCUGGAUCUAUCAUGGAAUAGAUUCUCAGGAACAAUGCCAAUGUGGAUCGGGAGAUGCAGUUCAUUGCAGUUUUUAAGACUGAAUCACAACAUGUUCUACGGGCAUAUUCCAAACAGCAUCACAAGUCUCACAAAUCUUUAUCAUCUGAAUCUUGCAGCCAAUUGGAUAUCAGGUGUCAUACCUCCGCAUCUAUCAAAUCUAACAUUUAUGACAAGAAUAUGUAUACUGGAUUAUUUUUACAAUGUUCCUGUCAGGCUCCAGGCUUUAGUUGGUGAUUUAUUAAUAGAGACCAAGGGGCAACAACUCAAUUACCAUGGUGCGGGUCUUUUGGAGAUACUGAGCAUUGACCUCUCAUCCAACCAUUUAACCGGUAAAAUUCCAGACGGGAUAACAUCUCUUGAUGGAUUGGUAAAUCUGAACUUAUCUCGGAAUCAACUGAAUGGAGAAGUUCCUGACAAGAUUGGGGCCAUGCAAUCGUUGGAGUCACUUGACCUCUCCAGCAACAAUCUUUUUGGAGAAAUCCCAUCAAGCAUAUCAAAUUUGACAUAUUUAAGCUUUUUGAGCUUGUCUUACAAUAAUCUAACAGGAAGAAUACCUUCAGGACGUCAACUUGACACUCUCUAUUUGGAGAAUCCCUCUAUGUACGAUGGAAACACCGGUCUAUGUGGGCGUCCUCUUCAAAGGAAUUGUGGAAGCAAUAAUACAUCUGAGCAUGGAGACGAAAAGAGAGAUGAACAUCAUUCUGGGCCAAUGUUCUUUUACUUUGGACUUGGCAUCGGAUAUGUAGUUGGUCUAUGGGUGGUGUUUUGUGCCCUACUAUUCCUGAAAGUGUGGAGGAUUGCUUAUUUUCGCCUAGUCGACAGGUUUUAUGAUAAAAUUUAUGUGUUUGUGGUUGUAACAUGGAAAAGCUUUACUAGAAAGGCAGACGUACGCUAAGUGGUAAAAAAGAACUAAUGGUGACGUAGCUUCCAUUGGAAUGAAGUUCUACGAAUACUUGGAAGGUGAACAGCUGAAGUGGCAUUUAGCAACAUCUAUAUUAUAUUGUGUAUCUUGUUUUGGGUGAAGUUGUAAUAAUGGAUGUUCGAGUAAAGCCCCUAAAGCACAUAUAUAUGCAAUGAUAUUUAUUUGUACUCGUCGGUCACAAUGAA